UGAAAUUUUCCGUAUACAUGGUCUUUGCUUUCAAAUCUCUCUCAAGGCAGACAAAAGAAACACAAAAAUGGCUGAAAAUACUGAUUUUGAAGCGAAAGCCGCGGAUUUGCUGAGCCAGUUCGAACGAAUUUUACAAUCUGACCCUCUGAUCGAUGAGAUUGGAUUUGUACAUCCAUCCCAGUUUGUCAAAUUGAAUGAAGAGGUAGGCAACUCUAAAAGUGCUACCUCUGGAAUUACGGGGAACGAAAAUUCAGAUUUUUGGCUACAAGAUCAUAAGUUAGGCAUAUCAACGCAAAUCCUUCAUCCUUUGUAUAUAGCAACUAGAGACUCAUUUAUGGCUGCUACUAGGAAAUAUAGGAGCUCUUGCAACCAAGAUGAUCAAACUGUGGCUGGAAAUUCUUCAUGUGGAUUAUCAAAUUCAUUGAACAUUGUUGAAAGUGAUGUCAUGAAGUAUAGCAGGGCUCUUUUGUUGCUGAGCUGCGAUUUUGGCACUGCUUGGAAUUCAAGGAAAUUCAUAUUGUCAAAGAAACAAAAUCUCUCGAUGUAUUUGGAUGAACUCCUCUUGUCAAAGCUUGUACUUUCAUAUUUCCCCAAGAGUGAACAAGCAUGGAGCCAUAGAUUAAGCACGUCAGUUCUUGGCAGGCGGUGGGUGAUCAAGCUGCUUGUGGAAAAAGGCUAUACUGUAGAAGAAAUUUUGAAGAAAGAAUCUGAGCUAGUGGAAAGAAUAGCUGAGAUGUCAAAAAUGAAUUAUCGUGCGUGGAAUCAUCGACGCUGGUUAGUUUCUUACAUGUCAAGAGAACAGGCAUUGAAUGCGUUAGAGGAAACCAGAAAAUGGGCAGCAUUGCAUGUUGCUGACAAUUGUUGCUUCCACUAUCGUCGACGGCUUAUGCUCAAAAUUUUAGCGGAAUCAACUUGCACAGAAAUGAGUUCUGGUUUCAAUAUUGACAUUUAUCAAGUGUGGAAGGAAGAGCUUGAUUGGGAUGAAAUGCUGAUAAAGCGAUAUAUUGGAAGAGAGGCUUUGUGGAUUCACCGUCGAUUCCUUUCGGUGUGUUGGAUGAGACAUUUUGCAACUGAUCACAAAAUUUGUGAGCAAGGGGGGGGAAUAAAAAUUGACAUCCCUUUCUUUAUAGAAAAUGAAUUAAAUCUUGUGAAUUCCUGCUCAUUUAUCUCGAAUGUAGACUUUGGGGAUUUUCAAGCACAAGCAACAUGUUCUGGUGCAUAUCUCUUGUGGUUGAUCAAGAAUUGUCCAAAGUCAAAAGUGGAUGAGAAGCUUAGAACAUACAAUUUGAAAACUCUGCUUAAUAAGGCAUGCCCAGAAAGGUAUGCCCUUUGGGACUCUUUAAUUGACUCCAUUGAAAGCUCUAAUUAAUGUGUUCGAAAAUUGAUCUCAACUUUGACUUCAUUCCUUUCCCAACUGUAGUAAUUCUUGCUGCAAUGUUAACUUAUAAACUGUCGUGAAAUGGCGGAUUGGUUUCAAUUGAUAUCGUAAUAGAUAUCAAAAAAGUGAAACCAUGUAGACUUUGGCAAAUGAGUUUUGAGAUGGAGAGAUGAGAAAACAUCAUAUUGCAAGUAUUGUUGUUUCUGUAAACUGGGAAGACAGAUUGUUUAUUUUCUCUGUUGCAUCAAGUAAAAAUGUCAUCCUGUCCAGAAAAUAAAUAGAUGAUGAUAAUAUAAACUAAGGCUCUUGUCUUUUAUUAGAA